AUGAGCCUGGAGUCCUUGCUUCAGCACAUCCUCUUCACUGGGCAUCAGGCUGAGGAGAGCCGCCGAGCGAUGCGGGAAGUGAGGGCAGAAAUAACCAGAUGCCGCGGGAGAAUUAAGAAAGCAGCAGAGGAUCUGAAUGAGGAGAAACUCACGCUGGAAUCCAAGGUUCAGCAAUUUUCUGAAAAAUCUUUCCUCUUAGAGCUUUUGAAAACCCGUGAAAAUGCAUUAGAGAGACAGUGCAGUGAAGUUAUGAACCAAAGGGACACCCUGCUCCAAGCCUUCGAGGCUACAAAGAAAAAAGCGACAGAGGAAGAGGAAAAAUUUAUUAAGGAAAUUACAGACUUCAAUGACAAUUAUGAACUAAUUAAGAAAAGAGAUAUUUUGAUGAAUGAAGAUAUCAAAAUGGAAAUUGCUGACUUAGAAAACCAGGCAAAUGUUUUGAGAGGGGAAAUGAAGUCAAUGGAAUGUAACAGUGGCCAGUUACAGGAACUUCAAAAACUAAAAAGUGAACUGUUACAAGAAUUAUUUACUCUCCAGAAAAAGCUUAAAGUUCUUGAAGAUGAAGAGACUGAAGCUGUUUGUACCACCAAAUACCUGCAGGAAGAAAAAACCAAAGUCAAAGAGAAGCCUCAGCAUGACGCUGAAUGCUUGCGACUUAAACGGGAGCUAGACCUUUAUCAAGAAGAAGACAUGGAGAGCGCCUGCAGAGCGCUGCAGACGGAAGUGGAGUGCCUGGCGCAGAUUCACAAAGCUAUGAAAAGUAUUGUAAUAGCACUUAGUAAGUAUUUGAAGAAGUUUUCUGGCCCAGACCCAGGCUUUGACUUGGUCCACCCCAACAUCUACCCCAGCGAUGAGCUGCUGGAGAGCACGAAGGGGCCGCUUCCCCAGAUCCACAACUACAGGACCUCCAUGACCCAGGGCAACAACAGGUUUUUGAAGUCCAAGGACUCGCUGCUGCUGAUUGGCUGGUAUGGCGAUUGCAUGCUGGUAAUAACCUACAGCUGUGCUCUCUUGCCCUUAGUAUCCUACCGAGGGAACAUUAGAGAGUCUACCAGACAUGUGGAGCCCUUGCUGUAA